AUGGCCACAAAUAUUCUUUGCAAUCGGUUGGGAGCUUUACUUUUCCUUCUAGCAAUUCAUGCCUUCACAAUUACGUCAGUUCAAAAUGAAGAGGGGAAGACAAUGGGGCUUGAUGAGCUUAGAAGCUACCUGUGGACCUUCGGAUACCUAAAUGACAGCAGUUCGAAAAACUCCAGCAAUUUUAACAGCAGUUUGGAAUUUGAUGAGGUUUUGGAAACUGCACUGAAAAGUUUCCAAAAAAUAUAUCAUUUGAAUGUCACAGGAAAGCUUGAUUCCAGUACGGUUAACCUAAUAAGCACUCCAAGGUGUGGUAUGCCUGAUAAUUUUGUCAACCUAAAUGCAACGGAACAACGAACACAUGGUGUUCAUAUGGGUUCUUAUUAUACUUUCUUCAAUGGAAACUUGAGAUGGCCACCCACAAAGCGCCAUCUUACCUAUAAAUUCAACGCCGGAGCAAAAAAUCCUGUUGGGCCAUAUGCAUUAUCGAUGGCAUGUCGACAAGCAUUUGAACUAUGGGCGAAAGUUACCAAAUUUGCAUUUCAUGAGGUAGGGCCAAGUUCACCAGCUGACAUUUUGAUUAGCUUUCAACGCCGGGACCACGGAGAUGGGAGCCCAUUUGACGGUCCCGGUAAGGUUUUGGCGCAUGCAUUUGCUUCCACGGAUGGAAGGCUGCACUUGGAUGCAGAUGAGAAUUGGAGCUUCAGGCCUCCAAGUAAGAACCAGCUGUUUGACCUGUUGUGGGUGGCUACGCACGAAUUAGGGCAUGUUCUUGGACUUAUGCAUGGUACAUUUUCUGAUGCCAUUAUGUAUGCCUAG